AUUAAUAACUUAGGACUGUUGGAUAGAACAAGAAAUGGAAUUUGACGAUGUCUUUAAAUAUAUUGGGGAAAUUGGCUUUUAUCAAAUUAUAGCAUUUCUUACUUUAGGAGCAGGAGAAUUUUUUGGAGUUGAAGCAUUAGUUAUGAAUUUUGUGGGUGAUAAGCAAGACCACUGGUGUAACGUUAAAGAGCUUUCGGGAUUAUCAUUCGAACGUCAGAAAUUAAUCGCUAUUCCAAAAAUAACGGAAUCUGGUUCGAGCAAACUAGUUAAUAGCAAAUGUGAUAUGUUUCCUCUUAAUUAUUCACAAUUUAGCUUUGAUGAUCUCUUACGUUGGAACGAUAGCGAUAGAAGAAGGGUAGAGAGCAUGUUUCCCAAUAAGAACAGCUAUAUAAGUUGCAAUGAUGGAUGGGUUUUUGAUCAGGGACUAUUACUAAGCACAAUAGCCAGCAAAUGGAAUCUCGUUUGCAAAAAGUCCUGGAUGGUAAGAUUAACUUCUACUAUUUAUAUGUUUGGAAGAUUUUUCGGCGCGAUAAGCUGUGGUGUACUAUCUGAUAAAAUCGGUAGAAAAUAUACAGUUAUUAUAUACUUAUUUUUUAAAAUUGGCGGAGGUUUCUUGGCUACCUAUGCUCCAAAUUAUCCGCUUUUUUGCAUUGGUCGAUAUAUAAUAGCAAUCGGAACAACGGGAUCAAAUUUAGCGGCUUAUGUAUAUUUAAGUGAAAUUACUGGAAAAUCUUACCGAGCUGCUAUCGGGGUAACAUGGCAGAUGCUAUUUGCUUUUGGUUAUGCCACCUUACCAGGAAUCGCCUUCUUUCUUAGGGAUCAUGUCAGACUACAAUUGGUAAUAACAGCGCCUGCAAUUAUAUUGUUCGGCUAUUUUUUUUUUAUGGACGAAUCUCCGCGCUGGCUAAUUUCUCAGGGAAGGUUUGAAGAAGCAAAACAAAUUGUAGAAAAAAUUGCGACAAUAAAUCGUAAGCAAUUACCGGAAGACCUUAAUUUUUCCCAUCCAGCCUCAGAUGAUAAAGAAAAGGUAAUGGAGACCAGAAAAGGAACUGUUAAGGAUAUUCUUGUUUAUCCUAAUUUAAGGAAAAAAACACUAAUAUUAUGCUUCAUUUGGUUUACGUGCAGUCUGAUGUAUUAUGGAUUAUCGUUGAAUAUAGGAACAAUAGCUGGUAGCAUCUACUUAAAUACAUUCUUAUUGGGUAUAGUUGAAGUGCCAGCUCUAACUCUAGGUAUCUAUCUCAUGGGACGAGUGGGAAGAAAGCCUACGGUUGCUAGUGCUUGUCUAUUUGCUGGCCUCUCUGGGUUUAUUUUGAUUCCAUUAAUCUUAACUGAUGCUCCGAGUGCAUCGAGAACUGCAAUGUCGAUUUUAGGAAAGGCCUCUAUUUCAAUGGCUUUUGCAGCUAUCUACGUCUAUACCGUUGAACUUAUGCCAACUGGCGUAAGGAAUGUUGGUAUUGGAUUUACAUCUAUGAAUGCAAGAAUAGCAGGAAUGGCUGCUCCUUACGUUGGUGGUCAAUUAAGCGAUAUAUGGAAACCAUUCCCCACAACUAUUUUCGGAGUCUUUGCAACGGGGACAGGUAUUCUAACAUUACUAUUACCCGAAACUUUAAAUAAAACACUACCAGAAACAAUAGAAGAAGGGGAGUCUUUUGGAAAAAAGGUAAAGAAGAGUCAAGUAGAAGAUAUAACGGGAAAACAAGCAGAAGCGAAUUUGAAAUUAGAAGAAAAAUAUUAAAUAUUUUAAUGAACAGUGUACCAUUAGUGAAAAAUCGUAUAUCGAUUUUAUCUAGUAGUCAAACGUUUUAUGAUAUAGGCAUUUCAUGUACUUUUUUCCAAUAUUUGUUGAAUUAUAACUGAUAAUAAUUGCUUUAAAAUAUUUGGCAUAGUUUAAAUUACAAAAUGAUUAAUAGUACUCUCCCCCCCUCUUCCUCUCUCUUUCUCUGUAUAUACAUUUAUCUGUUAAACACUGAAGAAUAGUUUGACGACAAUCAAAUUUUAAUGAGGUCUCCUUACCUCCAUAAAUAAUCGACCAUUGUUCUCUUGAAGAUGUGAUAUGGUCACUUAGCAAAACAUAUACAAUUAAAUCAAUGAUACUUGAAUAAUUUAUUGUUAAGCUCUUAUCUAAAUUCUUCACUAAUCAAGAAAAAUAUUAAUAAAGAUAGC